GGGCGGGGGCGGGGACCGGGCGCCGAGCUCAGCUUCUCAUGACGUCAGCAGCAAUCAGCGGUCACCGGGCAGUAACGCUAGUGUCGAAAGGAAGAAGCUACCAUGGUCGUCAUCAAAGAGUAUCGUGUGGUUUUACCCUGUAGUGUUGAGGAGUACCAAGUGGGGCAGCUCUUCUCAGUAGCUGAAGCAAGUAAAAAUGAGACAGGUGGUGGUGAAGGCAUUGAGGUACUCAAGAAUGAGCCCUAUGAAAAAGACGGCGAGAAGGGACAGUAUACACACAAAAUCUACCACCUGAAGAGUAAAGUCCCAGGGUUUGUGAAGCUGUUGGCCCCUGAAGGCGCCCUGGUAUUCCAUGAAAAGGCCUGGAAUGCCUACCCUUACUGCAGAACCAUUGUGACGAACGAGUAUAUGAAAGACAAUUUCUUCAUUAAGAUUGAGACAUGGCACAAACCAGACCUUGGAACACAAGAAAAUGUGCACAAACUAGACAGUUCCACAUGGCAGGAUGUAACUGUUGUGCCCAUUGACAUUGCAGACAGAAGUCAAGUGUCCACUACUGACUACAAGCCAGAUGAGGACCCUGCCAAGUUCACGUCAGUUAAGACUGGCAGAGGACCCCUUGGACCCACCUGGAAGAAAGAGCUGGUUAGUAAGACGGACUGCCCAAGGAUGUGUGCCUACAAACUGGUCACAGUCAAGUUCAAGUGGUGGGGCCUGCAGAACAAAGUGGAGAACUUCAUCCAUGAGCAAGAGAAGAGGAUCUUCACUAACUUCCAUCGCCAGCUCUUCUGUUGGAUUGAUAAGUGGGUGGAGCUGACUAUGGAUGAUAUCCGGCGGAUGGAGGCAGAGACACAGAGGGAGCUGGAUGAGAUGCGUAAGCAGGGGUCUGUGCGAGGUACAAAGGCUGCAGACGAGUAGCCAGGCCAGGUGUAGGUCUGAGUUUUGCUGUCUUCGCAAACAGGGUGAAAUACGAGGAACCAGUGCUGCAGACGAAUGAAAAGGCAAAGGAUUUAAAACACCCAGCAAUGGAGACCGCUAAGAGGGCUCCUUUGGUGCCGCUUUUUUACCUGAACUGAUUCAGGCUGUGGAGGUGGGGGGGGGGGACUCUGCUACCUGCAAUCAAUAGAGCGGAUCCCUGACUUGCACCCAAUCAUAGACAUUCUAUACACUGAGGAAUUGAUUUCUAGAAACCAACACGAUCCUAGCUGAUAAGACUCUGGUUAACUUUGAUCUCCUGGGCAGAGGAAGGCCAGCUAUCAGCAUCAUGUUAUUGACAAGACCUAGCCCCCUGGAGAGAUAUGAAGAGGAGCUGCUUGCAGUAGAGAUGCAUUUUUACAAAAGCAAAUUCCUCGGCUUGAUUCCACAGUGACAGGUGUUGGACCAAAUAUGUCCCCUGUUUUAUUUUGAUUUUCCUUGUUUGUUAAAGUUGUCUCCAAAACAUUCCUCUCAAGAUGAUGCCCCGUCUGACCUCUCUUUGUCUCCUCCUUGGUUUUAACUGUACACACUGGCUCAGUGGUUUGCAUUCCCCAGCAUGAGUCUGUCUGUUUGUCAUACUCAUGUUCCUUCCUGCCACAGCCUCCAUUAAGAGAUUACUAACACCCUUGGCGCCUUGGCCCAUUGUAAUCCCCACCUCACCCAAAGCACUGCAUCUUAUUAACACUGACAAUCAUGCCCGUACAGGUAUUCUCUCACACACAGAUUUAAUAACCCCUCUACACACACACACGCACACGCACACACACACACACCACACACACACACACCACACCACACGCACACACACUUAACACAUACAUCGUGCGCAUGAAGAUAAACAUGUGAAUUCAUUGUCUCGCUCACACAGACACACACACACACAGGUGUGGAUGCCUUUGCGGUGACUGAUCUCUUUAAAAGCGCAAGUUGGGCAGAUCCAUGCAAGCUCGUUCAGCUACAGGAUGUUACUUUGGAAGUGUUUACAGCUCUCACUGAUCGCACCCCCCACCCCCCCUCUUUCUGUAGACAUUCACACGUAACAUUCAACACAGCAUUCACCUUCCUAACAGAUGUCCCCAGAGAAAAACUGCACUGAAAAACAGCCACAGAUGGUGCUACACCCCUCCAGCCUCUGUCACAAGCCAAACUGCACCGUGCAACUCGCCGCACCUCACCCAGCCCACCCUUGAGGCCUGUCUCACUCUUGUGGUUAUCCGAGGUACACCCUUUCUAAAAGGCCUCUUCUUCAGCUUCAUUCUAGGUGUGUUUACAGCUCCAUAGCAGCCUUACCAGUGCCCAGUGGACACCAGCACCACACACCAUUUGCCUUAAUCUCUCGACCGUUAUACCUAUUGUACCUCUGCUGCCAGCUAUUGCUCUAGCUACCUCCUUUUGUUUCUGACUGGCAAUGUUCCUAACACCUAGAGCUUAGCACCAGCUAUUAGCUGCUACUUGUUAGGAGUAAAUCAUGGCACACAGAGCUUUAUGAGCAAAGUUGUUUGUGAUGACUCUUUAUUUUCUUCAGGGAAUUGUCUGUUAUUCCCUUUUUAUGUUUCCUGGUAUGUCUUGCAGCACGUGAGCAAGUGCAAUUCCUUCAGCAAGCAAAACAAAUGUGUAAGUUGCAGCCAGACUGGCCUGUACACUGUUGUUGCUGCAAACGGCUGCAGAUUUACGUCUUUGCCUCAGAUCAGCCGUUGGAUGGAUAUGCCUCAUUAAUGACAUUAGACUUUUCAGUUCCACGGUGCACUUUCUCCCACUUAGGUUUCAGAAUCAUGUGGCACUGGCCUGCAGUGUUGAUCAUCACUAGUGUUGCUUACAGUAUAUAGUACAAGUGGUUUCCUCAUUUGAUCUUUCUGUGGUGUGUCAAAGUCUAUUUGUUUUUAUAGAUGUUUCCUUUCAACACAUAAAUGUAAUGAAAUACUCUGGGUUCAAAGAUCCUAAUGUUUUUAUUUCCUGUAAACUGUAUGAGGGGAAUGUGAUCACUUCCUCUGUAAUGGGUUAUUAGCUUGUCCAAAGAGUGUGCAUGGAUUUCUGAUAUGUUUACAUUGAUUCAGAAAUGGUGAUCUGGUGUAAUAGGAAAAUUAGGAAGCCAUUAUCUGAGGCAUAAUUUUUAUUACAACAAAAUCUUCUCAGGUGAACAGUUUGACACAAGGAUAUUUUUGAUAUUGUUGCUCAUCAGUUGCCCUCUACAGUUGACUUCUUUUCAUGAUACCAUAUUCUUUUCUGUGGGACACGUGGUUGUAAUAUACGGUUGCCUUUUCCAUUUAUGGUAGUAUAUGAGACAGCCAGUUGCUUUUUGUUACUGUACUGGGAUUGUAUGCGUACGUCUCAAAGAGCGAAAACAAUUGGUCUUCAGUGUAAUCGAUGUUUCCAGGUACAUUUUGAAUGAUUCCUGCUGUCUGUUGAAUAGAAAAGCCUGAGACUUAAAUUGAACAACCUAAAUCAAUUGUUUACUAAUUGUCAAGACAGUUAUAUGUGGGAGAGGAAGUAUUCACAAAGCAACUGUACAGUCUAAUCGUAAUUUAUUAAAUCUACAACUCUUUCAUUUCUAAACUGCGACUCGCUUUUAAAUGUUUCUGAUCAGCUUUUGAAAUUCAGGGCUACAUGGUAGUGAAUGUAUGACAUUUUGUGCCUUUCUGUAGAUCUUUUUGUUCAUUAAGUCUACAUAUUGUAUCUAAAUAUCAAAUAAAUUUGUCUGGGAAAUACA